GAAGUAUGAAGGAGAUGGUGGGAGGCUGCUGUGUCUGUUCUGAUGAGCGGGGCUGGGCGGAGAACCCGCUGGUGUACUGCGACGGGCACGGCUGCAAUGUGGCGGUGCACCAAGCUUGCUAUGGAAUUGUGCAGGUUCCAACUGGACCCUGGUUCUGUCGGAAGUGUGAAUCUCAGGAAAGAGCCGCCAGGGUGAGAUGUGAACUGUGUCCCCACAAAGAUGGAGCCCUGAAACGGACCGACAACGGAGGGUGGGCCCAUGUCGUCUGUGCUUUGUACAUCCCAGAGGUGCAGUUUGCCAACGUGCUCACCAUGGAGCCCAUUGUCCUGCAGUAUGUACCCCACGACCGCUUCAACAAGACUUGCUACAUCUGUGAAGAGCAGGGCAGGGAGAGCAAAGCAGCCUCUGGAGCGUGCAUGGCUUGUAACCGCCAUGGCUGCCGGCAAGCUUUCCAUGUCACCUGUGCCCAGAUGGCUGGCCUCUUAUGUGAAGAAGAAGUCCUAGAAGUCGACAAUGUCAAAUAUUGUGGCUACUGCAAGUACCACUUCAAUAAAAUGAAGACCUCACGACACUCUGGAGGUAGCUCCUUCAUUGCUGGUAGAAGGAGUCGAUCCACAUCCCCUGCUCAAGAGAAGCACGUAUCCCACCACGAAAGGCCAAAGAAGAGUCGGAAGGACAAAGAAAGACCUAAACAGAAGCACAAAAAACGUCCGGAGUCUCCCAGCAGCCUGACCCCAUCCUCGGUGCCUGUUGCUACAGAGAAGGGCUCUACCAGCCACCAUGAGGGGAGCAAAGAGACCUCGGAGGUCAGCAGGUCAGAGGUGAAAGGCAGGAAGUCCUCAAGCCAUGGCAGCAGCCACAAGGGGAAGAAGACGGGAAGCGGGAAGAGCUCGGUUGGCUUCAGCUCAGCUUCGUCCAGCGGGACCUUCCAGCCUGCAGGUACCUCCUGCAGCACCUUACAGUGCUCCCAGGACUUUGUGACCUUCCCUAAGCUUGAGCAGGACGACGAGAAGUACCGGAAGCCCGUCUCUUCCUCUUCUUCUUCCCACUGCUCCCCUCUGUAUGAAGGCCAGAAGGGGGACAUCUUUGAGCAGAAGGUGAUCUUCUCAGGCUUUGGGUCCAUCAUGCGCUUCUCCACCUCCACGGUGAGCCAGCAGAGAGGCCGUGAUGCCUCCCCCGUGGACUAUAAGGCCUCAAACCCUGUCAGCGGCCCUUCGGUGGGGACCGGUGGGAGCAGCAGUAGCAGCAGCAGCCACAAGCGCAUGCCGUCCCUCAGCAUGGAGGAGGGAGAGAUGCUGAAGGAAAAGAAGCACAAGGGUAGCAAGAAGAACAAGCACGGGCCUGGCAGGCCGAAAGGGGGCAAAAGCAAAGAGAUUUUGGGUGCCCAGCUGGCUGGGUCCACGUCUACGUCCUCAUCACCCUUCUCUGGGGGUUCUCUUGUUAGCUCCAGCAUCGGCAACUCUUCACGGUCCUUCAGCCACACGGGGAAUCUGCCCAGCCUCAGUAUGGAGUCCCCGCUGCUGGGGUCAGGCAUCUACACCAGUAACAAGGACCCUAUUUCCCACGGGGGCGGAGUGCUCCGAGCUGUGUGCAGUACACCCCUCUCCUCCAGCCUCCUGGCACACCAGGGUACCUCGUCUCUCCCACAGCUCAACCGGUCUCCCUUUGCUAGCACCAUCCCAGCUUCCUCCUCCUCGGUCUCCACCACGCAGGUGUUCUCACUGGCAGGUUCAACAUUCAGCCUCCCUUCCUCACAUAUUUUUGGAAGUCCCCUCGCAUCUGGGCUGUCAAUCAACCCACUCUUAAAUCAGUCGGAAAGCAGCCGGGCAGAGCCCGACCUGGAGGACUGCAGUUUCGGCUGCCGAGGGACGUCGCCCCAGGAGAGCCUGUCAUCCAUGUCCCCCAUCAGCAGCUUGCCGACCCUCUUCGACCAGACAGUGUCCUGUAGCAGCAGUGGGCAGCUGGAGAAUGUUCCCCAGGCUACCCCAAACAUCGAGCAGCUCCUGGAGAAGCAGGGCAAUGGGGAAGCCGGCGUGAACAUUGUAGAAAUGCUCAAGGCUCUGCACUCGCUGCAGAAGGAGAACCAGCGGCUCCAGGAGCAGAUCAUGACACUGACGGCCAAGAAGGAGCGUUUGCAGCUCCUCAACGUCCAGCUCUCAGUCCCUUUCCCCAUAGUGACCAGCAGCAACGGCCCAGGCAGCCAGGCCCAGUAUAUCCUGCCUCCCAACGUCUGCAACAACGAUUCCCUGAGCAUCAGCAAGAGCUCCCCGUGCAAGAACAGCUUUGGGAUCGAGAACUCUCUCUCCACUUCCUCAGAGGACCCUCAUUCAGGUUGCCCCAGCAGGAGCAGCUCCUCCCUGUCCUUCCACAGCACUCCUCCGCCCCUGCCCAUGCUGCAGCAGAGUCCUGCCUCACUACCCCUGCCCGGGGUGCAGCAGGUGAAUGGCCUGGCCAGGGUGGCAGGCAGCGGGCUGGGGGGAGGCUCCACUGCCAACCACAGCCUCUCCACGGUGUCCAUGGUGGAUGGCCUGAUGGGGGCCCUGUCAGGAGGCCAGCAGAUGCCCAUCAACGGGAUCCUGGGGAGCAUGAACGGCGCUCAGGCCGCCCAGCCUCCGAGCGCCCUGACGCAGGCGAGCGGGCCGCCGACCUUGCAGCUCUCCACCAGCCUGAGCAGUGUGCCCAGCCUGAGUCCCCUGACGGAGCAGCAGCGGCACGUCCUACACCAACACGAGCAGCAGCUCCAGCAGCUCCAGCAGCUCCUGACUUCCCAGCCCCUUAAUCCGGAGCAGCAGGCUCUGGUGUUCCAGAUGAUGCAGCAAAUCCAGCAGAAGCGAGAGCUGCAGCGGCUGCAGAUGACAAGCUCGUCCCAGCUGUCCAUGACCAGCCUCCUGGCAGCCACCUCUGCCCCCCUGCACUCCAGCACCAGCACCCUGAUGACCUCGACCCCUCAGCUGCCCCCCAGCAGCAGCUCUCUCCUGGCCUCCCUUUCCCCCCAGCAGCUCAACCCUAGCAAUGCCCUCAUGGCUCCCCAGGCCACCCCACCGCUCAGCGCUCCUGGGAACAGCCUCCUGGCUUCGGGGACAGGCAUCUCACCCGUCCUUACAGCACAGACUAACCCGUUUCUCAACCUGCAGGCCGAUGGCAACACCCCGAAAGGAACGAGCAUGAAUGAAAAGGGAGCUCCUCUUACGCAGGACAAGGGCUAAGCUCCCCCCUCACCCCGAACAAACCAGCAGCCAACUCCUCUCAGCCAGGGGAAUGUGGCUUUCCACAGUCAACCUUGAUACUGUUAGAGCAAUGAGCACAAGGCUUCCAAGAAGCAUUUCCUGCCGCUGGGCAAUGCCAAGAGGUGCUUUGGAAGACAGUAACGUCUCUGACCAAGCCUUGGUCCUCGGGAGGAGCGAAGGUGGGGGGCUGCCCGCCGCCCUGGCCUCUUACCACACAUGCUCAAAGUGAAGCAGUGUUCCCACACAGAGUGGAGGGGAGCGUUAACACCGGACGCCUGCCGGGCCUCCUCCCUGCCGUGAGUGCAACAAGCGCUGCGUUCACGUGCGGGUAGCUCCCCUGCCCCAGGCCCGAGGCACUAGAGACCAUCGAGCAUCCUCAGCCAAGACCUUGGUGUGGGGAGGGCCCCUCAGCCCCUCUGCUGAGGACUCCUUUCUGCACAGUGCAGAGGAAGCCUGGCAGUGCCCACGGGAUGUGACGAGGCUGGGGAAGGUGGGACAGUGGUGGCAGUGCCUCAGUGCUGUGCUUCGCCCAGCCGGGGAGGUUGAGAAGAAAUCCAGUAGCUGAGAUUUCUCACCUGCUUUUCAUCUGCUGGGGCUCUUGGGAUGCUCUUCUGUCUCUAGUCAUCAUAUGAAGCCCUGAUGCUUCAGCUGGAUCUAAACCCCAGCCUGAAGAGGCCCGAGCGGUGGAGUGAUGGGUAAGGACUGGUGCUCGGGGAGGAGGUGAAAGCCACCUGCUUCUUUAAAGGACGUGGCCACAACUGCUCUGCCAGAUGCUGUCUGUUUAGUGCUGUCCUUUUCACCUGAAAAGCACACUCCUGCUUCUUGUGCCGACUCUCUCUCUUUCCUUCCAAGAAUCCCAAAGGCUUAACGUUUCAGCUUGUGGAAAGGGGCUGUAGCCAGUAUUACCCAUGUCGUAGCAGACUUCAGAAGGUAUAUUUGAACCUGGUGGUUGUUUCCCAGGCCCAAGCUGAGAGAUAGAAAUGUAUGUGUGGGGAAGAGAGAAUCCCAAACGAGGUACCUGUUCUUUCUUACCCACCACAAACCACUCCAGUCUGGCAAAACCACGUUCUUCCACUGGUCUUGGGCACUUCAGAAGAGGGAUCUCCAAGGACUGGGACAGUGACUGGUCUCCUGAGCUAGGACGUCGGACCUGUGGUUGUUUUUCCACCUUUUGACCUUAACUCCGUCUUGCAGCCCAGAACCUCAGCAAAGAAAUCAGCUUCCUCAGAGCCUGGAUGUGCUGGAUGGAUGGAAGGACAGGUGGGGCAGCUCUGGGGGAAGGGGAACAUCGACGUCAAACGUACACAUGCCUCUGUUUUUUCCUCAUCCCCCGGUUAAAUCCAGAGCUCCUGGGGGCAGGCAGGAAGACUCCAGCUGACAGAAACUCUGAGGGUCUUAAAAAAAAAAAAAGACAAAGACAAAAAAAAGAAGUUGUCAGACCUUAAUGGAUAUUUUUUCUCAGCACAUUCCCACUGCCUCUCACUAGUUUGCACUAUUCAAAUUUGGCAGCAGUGGGUCUGUGCUGAUAGUACUAGAAAAGCUUGUUAUAGGCAAAACUCAUCUGCUAAAGAUCUUUCUUUUUAUUAUUAUGGUUUUAUUUUAUUAUUUCUUUUGUUUGUUUGUUUGGAAGAUUGUCAACACAGUGGCUGAAGAAGGCUAAAAGGAGAGAAAAGUACCUUUCUGAUCUCAGCCUCUGGUUCUGAGGUUGACCUGCUUCUGCAGGGGAGUUGGACUGGAUGAUCUCUAAAGGUUCCUUCCAACCCCACCGUUCUGUGAUUCUGUGAACUGGGCAGAACACUGCUGUCUGCUCAGAAAUAUAUAUAUAUUAUAUAUAUAUAUAUAAUUUUUAUAUAUAUAUAAAGAAAAGCUAAUGUUUUAACAAGGUUAAGAAGCUAUUGGAAAGAUGGAGAUGGCAGCUGAAAGUAGAGAUGCAGGAAAAGCCUCGUACGUCAGGGUUGAGCGGUGCCACCUUCCCCCCUGCCUGGGACCUCCAAACUCUGGUCUUUCAGCUGCGAAUGUUUUGGCUCUCAUUUUGGCUCCCUGUCCCCAAAAUCCCUCUGGCACAAUUGUUUGCUUGCACUUUUUGAAGUUUCCUUUUCUCCCCCCUUCCCCAGCCGUGUUGUCCCCUCCCCUCUGCGUGCAGAGGUGCCAGCCCAGCCGCCCUGGUGCAGGGACCCUUUGCUCAGCACCCAUCUGUUGCUGCAGCGGGGUCUCACCUCGCUGCCCUCUCCUUGGGUGAAGAGCUUGGGGCUGAAAGUAGCUGACAGAAAGGCUGUUUUGGGGCUGCCACACUGAGGUUGGGCACGUGGAGAUUGUGCCGGGCAACUGGGUCCUUGGGAUUUGGGAGCAGAUAUCCCUUAGUGCUGGUUUGGGUCAGCAGAGGGAUGAGCAGGAGUGUUGGGGGUAUGGCAGGGGCCAUUAGAUGUGCAGAUGUGGUCUCUGCCAGCUGUAUUUGUCUGGGGAUCAUUUUUAUUCAAUUUUUCACUCGUUAGGUCCUAACUUUUCGUUGCCAGCUGUGUUGCUGCUGUGCUGACCGUCAGACCUGUCUGUAACCACAGGGGCCUGACAUCCUGCCUAGACUUGGUCAAACUCUUCCCAUGGUCAUUUCACACCCUGGGAUUAGAAACGUGCCAGUAGGAGGAGGAGAGGGGAUGGGAAGGAGGGAAGGCUGCAGUGUCUGUCCCUCCUCGUAGAGGGUGAUGGCACGUCACGCGUCGUCUCCCAGGGCAAACCCCACCUUCUGGUCCCUGGUUUGGUGCCCAGAUCCCUGCGUGGGGUCAGUGAGAGGUGCUUUGUGGAGAGUUUGCAGUCAGGGAGGCUGAAAUGUGCUCUACAAGCUGGGGUUUGUAGGCAAGGUGGCUGUUAAAAGCAGGGAGGGCCGAGGGCUGCUGUGGGCCCAGCCCCCCUGCUCCGUGCCGGCCCCACCAUUGCUUUUUGGUGACAGUAGCGGUCUGAAGCCCCUCUGCUCUCCAGGGCUCUCUGGAGCAGUGAGGGGCAAGACAUAGAGCACUUACACAUUUCUCUGACACCUUCCAAAGGCAGCCAGUCCCUUCAAAGCCUGGUCCUUGUCUAAUCACCUCAACCUGUCCCAGACCCAGGGGUCCCUUUGGCAGGUUGAGGGGAGAAGCAGGGGCCACUGCUGGGAGGUCAGCAUUGGACAUUUGUGUAUCUGUGAAAAAGAGGGAGACCAGGGGAAAGAAAACAAAAAAGCUAAAGAUUUAUCUGUGUUUCAGUUGCACUGGGGUACGUUUCUUUACCCGUUUUGAUGCUAAUGUCUCAUUUAGUAUGUUGCAUGUGUCCUUCUUUUUUUCGUUUUGACGUGGGUUUUUUUAAUUAAAUAAAAGAGAAAAAUGUGUAUAUUUUUGGCAA